CGCAGCGGGUACACGCAACUCUUCGCUACGCCACUUGACAAUAUUCGAAAUCGACGAGAAUGACAAAACAACUAAAAAGAGACUUUAAAUGUCGUUCAACGUGCCGCUAUUGGAUUGGUUUUUCUUAUUUUAAAACCAAAUGUUUUCUUCACUGUGGGCUACAUAUUCGAAAGCAAGUAGCACGCGAAGACGAGAAAAUGGAAGACAAGAAGAGGGAAGAAGGCCUACUACUACACAAGCUUCACUGAAAACGCGCGCUGCGCCUGUAGAUGGCUCCAAAUGUACGAACGCUAUAAUGCGGAAUGCUUCAGACUAUUAAAAGACAUGGGAGGAGAUUUCAAAUCAGACGGAGUGCUCAGAAUUCCAGAUAUCCAGAAUAUUUCAGCCCCAUACCGCUCUGUGAACAAUGCCUCGGCUGAUGACAAGAUCACAUUCCUGCAUGUGGCCACAAAGCAGAUAGUGAGGCUGUUGAACAAUUCAAAUGUGACCAACACUUGGGAUAAGACGAAACUGGACAACCUGCUCAACGUUCUCAACCAGCAGUCUACCAACCUUGGAGAUUGUGCUGCACAAGUGCCGACAAGAAUGUCUAAAUACGGAAAACAACUGAAGAAACACUUCCGUAGCCUGAAGAAGUUCCUGAUAGAAAUGAAAUACAGCAAGCAGUCAUGGGAGCAGAUCAGGAAAGAAGUUGAACGUCAUCUACACCGACUGCUGUACCUAGCCAACACAAUGGUGGAGUACUGAAGAGGCCAUGGCACACAUUGGAUUUAGUAUUUUCAUUUGGUUUGGGGAUAUUUAACUCCCCACAAAAAGACACACAUUCUGAAUUCCGAACAUUCAAUCAAGCUUCUUAGACCAUGCAUUGAGAACAAACUAUUUAUUGUAUUUAUUUAUUUUAAUUUUAUAAUGUAUUUAUUGAUAAGCUGUAUUUAUUUUUGUAAUUGAGAAAUGCCUGUUUAAUGUAGAUCAUUAAACUCUUUAUGAUGUAAUUCUGUACUUUGUACUUAACCAGAGACUUUCUAAUGACACAGCACUCAAAAAAUCCUCCAUAGAAAUGCAUGGGGUUAGUUUGUAAUGCCAAUAUGGCAGUUGUCUAUACGCAUAUCACACCCCUUCCGUGGCAAAACGUCGACAUGUGAAUACAUUGAGCCAGUUGUUGAACGUCAUCUACACCGACUGCUGUACCUAGCCAACACCAUGGUGGAGUACUGAGGUGGCCAUGGCACACAUUGGAUUUAGUAUUUUCAUUUGGUUUGGGGAUACUUAACUCCCCACACGAUGACAUGGUGGUGGUCCGUCGUGGUUAACAAUGAAUAUUCUUUGUUGACGCCCUGCAUUUUGCAUUCCCAACAUUCACAUUCUGUAUUCUGAGCAUUCGACAAACCCAUCAAUGGACAAAUAGCCGAUAUGCUUCUUAGACCAUGCAUUGAGAACAAACUAUUUAUUGUAUUUAUUUAUUUAUUUUAAUUUUAUAAUGUAUUUAUUGAUAAGCUGUAUUUAUUUUUGUACUAGAG